GUUUUGCCAGGGUCAGCCGCCAUCCGACUUCGAGUGCUACGCUGCGGCCCUGAUCUACGCCGUAAUCUACGCGUCAAGGUUCGACGGCAUCAGAACCCUAGCGCCGCACUUCCGCGUCACCUUCUACGCAACAACAGGCUGGACCAUUUACUACAUUGCGCACCUCUUGGCCGCCACAAAUCCUGCCAUCUUUGGCCAUUGGGUCUACCCGACAGGAGUUGUUUUCCUGGCCAGCAGCAUCUACUUCUACAAGCACUGGAUAGAGAGAAUGUACCGCCACUAUGUCGAGGACAGAUUCAGACCAUACUACGUUCCAGGCCUUGUUGGCCUCAUGUAUUUUCAUUGGCUGGACACUGUUGACAUGCUGAACCAGUGGUUGGAUCCGCAGUACUGGGACCACGUCAUGGUUGACCUGCCAGACCAGGCCUGGACCAUUGCUGACGUGCGCCUGACAGGCCUCUUCAUGUCGAGCAUGGCCCUCUUCAUGAUCACUCUGCACAACAAGGGCGUGCUGACGGGAGGGAAGAACACCCUCAUCACC